AUGAUGACAAUAAUGAAAUCUAUUGAAUGUUUACCGAACGAAGUUUGGUUAUUAUUUAUGAGUUUUCUUUCACCAAUUGAUCUUUACAGAGCAUUGGCUGGUCUAAAUCAUCGUAUUAAUGAUUUACUUUCUUCUAUGACUCAACGUCCAGUUCUCGAUACAUCGCAAUGUGCUGGUGAUAGAAUAUAUUUUUCUGAUCUAUUUCAAUUAAUUGAAGGAAAAGAUGUUUGGUCACGAUUUCUUCUUUCUUCAAUCGAUACAAUUCGUCUUUGUGGGACACUUGUUAGCGAUGCACUUUGUAACCACUAUCAAUCUCCAGAACAAUUCAACUCAGAUCAAACUUUGUCACAUCUAUUUCCUUCACUUCGCCGAUUGUAUAUAUCAGGAAAAGCUGCUGACCAAAUCAAAAUAUCACAAUUGUUUAUUCCAUUGUUGACAACACUUCGCGAUGUUUAUUUCAUAUUUGAUCCACCAAUGGAUAGUUCAUCGUAUUAUGAAGUGGUGAAUGAUUUUACUGAUCAUGAAUUAUCAUUUUAUCGUAUGGUAUUUGACGUUGAAAGUGACAAUGUUGAAGAAUAUUAUGAUGCAAAAGAAUAUGAAUGGAAACGAAUGUAUUUACCAAAUACUGUUUAUUUAUCACUCUAUAUCAAGCGAUUAGAUGAUCUAUUCAAUCUUCUUGAUGUUCAAUCAUUACCCGUUCUUGAUCAUCUGAGUGUUAGUUUUAUUAAACGUCGUCUCAAAAAUGAUGUAAAAAUGAUAAAUGUUAACAAUAUAACAAGUCGUUUACGCUCUCUCAAACUUAGUUACAUGUCAAUGAACGACCUUCUCAUCCUCUUUUCAUUGGUUCAUUUACCUCUACUCGAACAACUAACAUUGAUUGAUAUUCAUGAUAAUUCACUUAAUCGUCUGAACGAUUUUCAAAAAUAUUUUGAGUCAAAGAAAAAUCUUCCUGCUCUUCGUCCAUCAUCUUUUCGAUUUCUACUUCGUUUUCCUGGUGAACUUGAAAAAGAAUGGAAUAAAUAUCAUUAUUCGCAAUGGCCGCUUGAUGUUGUCACCAUUGAUCAUUGUCUUGAAGAGGAAUGUUUAUGUGCUAUGACAUACUAUUGUUCACCAACACUAUCAAUACCCAAGAAAUAUUCUCUUCUUAUUUUUACUCGUUCAUCUCUGCCUUUUCAUCGAAAUAUACACAAUUACUCUAUUGCAAUGAACCUCAAACAAGCGCCAUCAACAUCAUCAAUUAAUUGGACUUGCAAUUACCUUGAUAAUUCGAAACAAAUUUUUGAAGUUUUGUCAAAGUUUGGGGCGAUAAAGAAACUUCAAUUUGGAACAUGGGCCGGAACGAAGUUGCAAAAUAUUGCUGCUAAACUUGUUAUCUUUUCAUUACCAUCCAAUAGACUUGAAUUAGAUCAACUCCAUUCACUCGUAUUUUUCACAAGUGAAAGUUCAAAUAACUUUCUCGUCAAAUCGCAAAAACAAUUAUGUCUUCGUGUACUUCUUUCAGCAACAAGGCAACUUGUUAAAUUAACUACCAACUGGCAUUAUAUCAUGAAUAUGGAUUCAAAUUGUGUUAGUGAAUAUUCUUCUGUCCCACCUCUUCUUAACUUACGUCAUUUACAUUUACGACAUUUCAGAAGAGAUGAACCAAUAAAUUUAUCACAAUUGGUCGACAAUUCUCUAUUAUCGAAAUUAUUCCCACAACUUACUAUAUUCUGGUCAAGUGGAUAUAAUAUACCUCUUGACGAAAACUUCGCCAAAUUAGUUAUAUUAAUUGUUACUCAUUUUGAAAAACUCACUGAAAUUAUCAUUAACAAAGACUCUUGUUAUCGAGAUUUAGGCAUUCAUGGUCAUAAUUUAUUAUAUACUCAACAAAGUUAUAUUGAAAACUUAUUAAGAAAUGUUCAUAAAUUCCACGACCGAAAUCGUACGAGUAUUCGUUGGACUAAGUAUUCUGAAUUACGUAUCUGGCUAUAA